CCGGAGGGAAGAGAAAAUGCCGGCGUGCGUUACUGCUCGCGUUCGCAUCAGUCGCGCGUAACGCAGGAAACACGUAUCAUCGUCCGGCCUCUCUUGCGGUUUUAUCCAUUGGAAAAAACGGACGCGCGCCACCAUAGCCAGAGAGCACCGAUUCGCGAAAGGGGUAAAUCGCGAUUGACAGUGCACCGAGAUCACCGAAAUAUCCUGUUCAAGUGAGUGCGUUCCAUGAUUCAUCAUUCAACCGGGCGACUCCGCGGAAAUUUCGCCGUGUCCUCUCGACCGUGUUGGCGCAGUGCUACGUUUCCGCUAAAGUAAGGGCUCUUCGAAAGAGCCGGAUUGCAUUUGCACGAUUCGAACAGCGACCCGUACUUUCACUCGAUCGCCUGUACCCCGUCGGCACGGCGAGCCCUCGCCGCCGUAAACGCGAAGAGGAGAACGUCAGGGACGCGGAGCGGGGCGCGACGCGAGAAGGGAGGAGAGACUCCGAGCAGAAGGAGAAACGCGAGAAGAGGAAGCGCACACGUACGCACGUACGUGUAUAUAUACGAAGAAACGAACGAAACGAAGCGAGUGGGCGCUCGCGAGUCCGGGGAGAGGUUUAGUGACCUCGGCGUAUCGUCGUUGUCUUAAAGAGAAGCAGGAGUAGGACGACCACGACGACGACGACGACGACGACGAGCACGAGCACGAGCACGAGCGCAAGCACGACGACGCCGAGGCGCAACGAGACGACGAGGAGUGGCCGAGAAGAAGAAGAGCAAAUUGGUGCUCCCGGUAGCAGGGGCCCAUGAACACCGUGGAGGAAACAUUGCGCAACGUGUCGAGGCGCAGCAGACACGACAAGCGCGGCAGCGGCAGCUCAACCGGCGCUGAUUGGUCCGCGCCGGCCGUACGGGGCCCGGCCCAGCCGACCCCCGUUGCUGCGCCGGCCGCCACGUCCACCGCCUUCGCCAGGCCCCAAGAUAUCACGGGCCCGACCAGGCGCCAGUCAUCACGCGAUAGCGUCGACUCCGCCGGCCAGCACACCCCACCUGAUCACGCGGACCUUCUCUUCAAGGUGAUGUUACUCGGUGACAGCGGCGUUGGAAAAACCUGUCUUCUGACACGUUUCCGUGACGGUCGCUUCCUGUCGGGAAACUAUAUAACGACCGUCGGCAUUGAUUUUAGGAACAAAGUUGUCACCGUCGACGACACGCCGAUCAAGCUGCAGAUAUGGGACACAGCCGGCCAGGAAAGGUUCCGAAGCGUGACGCAUGCUUAUUACCGAGACGCACAUGCGCUUUUGCUGCUGUACGACGUGACGAAUAAGACGAGUUAUGACAACAUCAGGGCUUGGCUAAGCGAAAUCCGGGAACACGCGAACGAGGAUGUCGUCAUCAUGCUGCUGGGUAACAAGUCCGAUUGUGGAACGGAGCGUGCUGUUAAGCGGGAAGACGGCGAGCGAUUAGCGCAGGAGUACAAAGUGCCGUUCAUGGAAACGUCUGCCAAGACUGGCCUCAAUGUCGAAUUGGCAUUUCUCGCCGUUGCUCGGGAGCUGAAGGCUAGAAAAAGCGACAAUCCUGAUGGGAUGAAAUUCAACGUUCAGGACUACGUGCGUCAGCAGUCGCAACGAAGCUCCUGCUUCAACUCCAGCUGCCUGACAACUUGAACUGCUUUCUUCUUUUUUUUACGUUAAUUAAGAGAACACGCGAACUGGAACCACGUUGGUCGCGAGGAGAUACGGCGCGAAAUUGCCAUUGCGAGCCAGGCAUUCAUUUGAUUUCCGCGUGAAAGAGAACAUCGGUGUAACAUUCGUUGCGAGACGGUAUAAAUUUUAUACUCGAUUCAUAGAGUAACUUUGCGAAUAAACCACAACGCAGGCGAAACGAUUCAAGUUCAUCGGGUGAAUCGCAACCACAGUGUGCAUCCAGUAGUCAAGAUUUUCGGGAAACACGAGGCAUUAUUUCGUUCAACAAAAAGUCAUGAAUGUUAAUGCUAAC